AUGAGUUGUGAUAUGAGAUUUGACUAUGAGGAAGCUUUGAAGCGACAACAUACUGAUGAAAGUGAUGUUUUUGAAUUGAGGGAGAAAAUACGGAAGUACUCGCAUGUGCCUACAAAGUUGAGCAAUAAAAAACUUCUCUGCUUUCUUCACGCCUGCAACGGAGUCGAUGAUGCUGCAAAAGUAAUCUCAACCUACUAUGAAGUGCGUCAAUCAUGCCCAGCAGUAUUCUCAAAUCGAGAUCCAUUGUCGAAUGAAGUUCAGCAAUGUUUGGAGAAUCAAUAUUAUUUUCAUAUGCCCAAUACACCAUCAGGAUAUUCUGUUAUCUAUCAUUGUUUAUCAAACAACAAAGCGUCAAAUUACAAAUUUGAUGAGGCUUGCAAAACAUUUUUCAUGACUCUAGAUUCACUUUUGUGUACACAAGGCCCAUCAAAUGGCUUGAUAAUUGUGUUUGAUAUGAAAAAUGUCGGCUAUCGGCAUUUGUUGAGGACAACGAUUGAUACACUGAGGACAUUCUUUCAUUAUUUACAAGAUGCAUUGCCAGCGAGACUAGAAGCUAUGCAUAUAAUGAAUUGUGGACCAGUUUUUAAUCUUGUACUUGCUAUGAUCAAACCGUUCAUGAGAAGUGAAAUUAUUCAAAAGAUGCAUCUUCAUCCAUGCGGAAUAGACUAUAAAAAGUUUCAUAAAGAGCACAUUCCAAGCUCUUGUCUUCCAUCUGACUUCGAAGGACAAUUAGAUUCCAUAAUCGAAUUACAUAAAAAUCAUUGUGAGAUGUUGGCACGUCUAAGAGAAUAUUUUAUUGCAGACGAAAAAGAAGCAAAUCUAUGUAAUGCUUAAUACUCAUCUUCUUGAUGUUCUGAUACUUGUUGAAUGUUUUUUUGGGUGCUGCAAAAAUAAAAGGUGUUUUCAAUUAGAUACCAAUAACUAUCAAUUAUCGU